AUGCGCACUUUGCAUCAGCUAUCGAAUGACGAAAGGAUGCACCAUCCAAAAGCGUGUCGAGCCAUUAAAGAAGACUUUUAUGUGGAUGAUGUCCUAACAGGCGGAGAUACAAUCAAGGAAGCGCAAACCCUACAGCAAGACCUUAUCAAAGUGCUACAAAAGGGAGGGUUUAAAUUAAGGAAAUGGGCAGCAAAUCACGAUAGUCUGUUGGAGUCAAUUCCUGUUUCCGAUAGAGAAGCGAACCCACCGUUAAGCAUCGACAAGGAAGAUCACAUCAAGACGCUAGGACUACGAUGGCAUCCAGCAAGGGAUUGCUUCUUCUUCAAGGUUACCUUAGAGGAGAUCACAGGUACUGUGCUCACGAAACGACAAUUGCUUUCUGAGGUAGCCAAAUUAUUCGAUCCAAUGGGAUGGUUGCAGCCGUGUAUUGUCGUAGGGAAAAUAAUGAUGCAGCAGUUGUGGUUACAACACAGAACCUGGGAUGAACCAAUCACAGAAGAACUUGAUGCGAAAUGGCGAAACUUCCGUUCACAGUUGCCGGUUCUCCAGGAAAUUACUAUUCCAAGGUGGCUACACUGUAGUGAUACUGUAACUAUUCAAGUCCAUGGAUUUUGUGACGCCUCAGAAGCAGCAUAUGCGGCAGUCAUCUAUGUACGCAUUGAGGAACGUGACGGUUCCACAACUGUUCAACUCAUAACGUCGAAGUCCAAAGUCGCACCGUUAAAGGUCCAAUCGAUUCCACGGUUGGAGCUGUGCAGCGCUGCGCUCUUGUGCGACCUGAUGUCAACUACGUUAGAAGCCCAUGGUUGGAAGGAUGUCAUUCCCUAUUAUUGGACAGAUUCGAUGAUCGUACUACAAUGGCUCCAAAGUCCAGCAGCUAAAUGGAAAGUGUUUAUCGCCAAUAGAGUCAGCCACAUUCAUUCCUCCUCCGAUUCCAAACAAUGGCGACAUAUAAAUAGCAAAGCAAACCCGGCAGAUGUCGCAUCCCGUGGAAUUUUCCAUAACUUUUUAAAAAAUCAUGUACAGUGGUGGAACGGCCCGGACUGGUUAAAGGAACAUCAAGACAAAUGGCCGAAAUCCAGAUUCAUAUGCAACAAAGCAGUCACCAAUUUAGAAGUACGACAAAAGGCAGUAUGCUUCACAACUAUUAAGGCAGAAGAAAAGGAGAAUUUAACGCAACGAUUCUCAUCAUUCACGAAACUCGUAAGAGUCAUCGCUUACUGCAGAAGAUGGAGGUCUAACUCUCACAACCCAUUUUUAAAGUCAGAUGAGCUCCGACAAGCGGAAACCGCUCUCAUUAGGGUGAUUCAGCGAGAGGCAUUUGCAGAUGAUAUCAGUCUACUCAACACCAACAAACCCUUGGCCAAGACUAGUUCGCUGAUUAGGUUAACACCGUUCCUCGAUUCAGACCAGAUCUUGCGGGUUGGUGGAAGGAUACAGCAGAGUGCUGCAAAUUUCGAUACAAAACACCCUAUACUACUACCCCGAGGACAUAUGGCUAAUCUGGUCAUAAAACAUUACCAUCAUCUAAUGCUGCAUGGUCCCGCUCAGCUAGUACACUCGACGAUUCGUACGAAGUACUGGAUCAUUGACGGGCUCACGGCCGUGAAACAAUUCGGGAGGAAAUGUACCCAUUGUUUCAGAAUGAACGCCAAACCGAGUCAACAACUGAUGGGAAUACUGCCUCAGGAACGAGUACGGCCAGGAAAACCUUUUGCUCGGACAGGAAUUGAUUACGCUGGGCCAAUCACAAUUAAAUGGAGUAACGGUAGAGGGACCAAGACCACCAAAGCAUACAUAGUUGUGUUCGUAUGUCUAUCUACAAAGGCUGUACAUCUUGAGCUCGCUAGCGAUCUAACAGCGAAAACACGCAUUGUAGCAAUCAGACGGUUCAUUGCAAGGAGAGGUAUGUGUCACACCUUGAUAAGCGACAACGGCACCAAUUUUGUAGGGGCUGACAAACUGUUGCGUGAGACGGCACGAAAGAUGAUUGAGGAAGCACAAGGAAAAUUAGCUGUAAACAACAUCGACUGGAAGUUUAUUCCACCGGGAAGUCCUCACUUUGGAGGGAUCUGGGAGGCAGCAGUCAAAAGUAUGAAGCGCCAUUUGAUCAAAACCAUCGGUGCGCACUUGUUAAACGUGGAAGAAAUGUUCACGCUGCUAGCACAGAUCGAAGCAUGUAUGAACUCGAGGCCUUUGACACCAUUGAGCAUUGAUCCACAUGACCUUACCGCUUUGACUCCUGGACACUCCUUGACGGGGGAACAUCUGUUUGAACUGCCGGAUGGAAAUACAGAAGACAAUGUUACAAAAAAGUGGCAACUAGUACAAAGGCUCAAACAACAGUUCUGGCAUCGAUGGAGUUUGGAGUAUUUGACACAGUUGCAACAACGAGCAAAGUGGUUUAGUGAGAAUCGAAAAAUAAACGUGGAUGAUCUAGUCCUCAUUAAAUGCGAAAAUCAACCGUCUGGCCGAUGGCCUCUAGGAAGAAUUGUGGCAGUUCAUCCUGGAAAUGAUGGACUAACUAGAGUAGUCACGCUGAAGACCGAAAAUAACAUAAUCAAACGACCUAUUUCGAAGAUUUGUCCUUUGCCAAACAACGGGGAACGUACAGUAGAGCCAACGAUAGCUGACAUUGGUAUCCACCCAAAUCGGCAGAAAAGGAAACAAGAAUCCCGGUCUGGGGGAAAGACAUCAAAAAUGCAAAAUGCAAGCACCCUGAACCAGGGAUAUAUGUCGAGCAUUUGGGUCAGGUCCGACUAA